AUGCAUCCUGAUGAAUAUAAUUACUUGGCUGAAGCUGAGAAACAGAGACCAACUGUAGACUACACGUCUGAAUUAUCUGAUGGAAGCAGCCUUUAUGGUAAAACUAGUCAAGGUUCAGCACGAAAACAACCAAUUAAGAAUCUGGAUGAACAUAGAAAUAAAGAUAUAGAACCUACCAGACCAUAUCGUCAUCCUGUUGUACCACCUCAACCUACUGAUUAUACUCGACCUAAACCACAGCGUGAUAUUCAAAAGUCAAGCAGAAAAUCUGAUAGAAAAUCAGCUCAAAAAACAGUUCCAGCUGAUGAAAAUCUGUACAUGAACCUACCUGGUUCUGUUCCACAUGGUGCUCGUCCACCUCAUGAAGGAAGCAGGCGAUCUCUUCAAGAAUUGAGUGAACGUUCAGGACCUCAUAGUGCAUAUGAUCCCAGAUUAGGUGAUGAACCUACUGGACCACAUAAGCCUCAAACCGGCCACCGAACAUCGGAUCAGCCAUCCGGAUAUGUUGACUACGAGCAAUAUACGUCGGAGGAUAGUGAAGACUAUGAUGAUUCCGGUGGAUCAGAUGAAGAACUUAAACCACCAGCACUACGCACUAUACCUCAAACGAGGCGACGAUCUGAACCAAAACCUACAAAUGACGAUAAUUAUCCUCCAGUUCAAUUAAGACGACCUCCUAGAGGACAGAAAAUUGGUCAGUCAGUUACAUCACCUCAUGGUAGCCUUUUCAGUCCUGAAGGUAUGUCUAUUCCUUCUACCCCAGGUUAUGAAAAUAUUUAUGGUAAUUAUGAUGAUAAAACAGGCAAGUACAUGAGAGGAUCACACCGUGGUCUUUCAUCAGGUAUGUCACAAGAACGAGUAUCACGACCACGUUCUAAGCAUACAACUGCAACAAGUCAAGGUCCUGGUUACUAUGGCCAUACUGGAAAUAACCCAUGUUCCAAACAUAGUUUGAUAAUCAGUACAAAACGUCGAACAUUUAGUGGUUUAACUGGUACUAAUCCAUCAAAACAUCGUUCCAGUUCAAUGAAUACUCUUUGGUUUGGUGAUCAUCCUGUGCCAUCAGAAACUACUUUAUCUCCAUCUACACCGAUUAAAUUAUCCAAUAUUCAAUUACAAGCACAAGCAGAACUUGAACGUCGGCAUAGAUCAUCUUCACAUGGACACAGUUUAGACAGAAAAUCAAUAUAUAGUGGUGGAUUGACAGAAAGUCAUGUAUCCAAAGGUUUAAGUGAAUUUCAAGGUUAUGAAGGGACUGGUUACACGUAUGAUUCACGUGGCAGAUUAAUACAUGGUGGUGCAUGCUUAAAUGAACGUUCAGCUAGUCGAAAACGUCGUCUAUUAGAUGGUCAUGAAAGUUUAUCACGUGUAUGGAUACCUCAAGCUGAACAUUAUCCAACUAGUCAGCAUAUACCUGAUAAAACGGCUAGUUUAUUAACAAAUCGUGAUGAAAGACAAGCUCAGUUGGAUAAUUCAGCGAUGGAGUUCGCUUUAAGGGAUUUUACUGCCCCUAAAAUUCGUAAAAGAAAACAAUUACAACCAAUCAGCAAUCGUCUUCAAGAUGAUCAGCCUAUAUAUAUAAGACCAGAAAAUCUGCAUACAAUAGAUGACAGAUUAUCAAAUUACAGUAUACAAAGUUCAAUAUUAUCCAUGAAUAAAUCACGAAAAAGAUUUAGUGGACAACAAUAUCAAAUGUAUAAUGCAUCUCCUAUUAUACGAACUAAAAGUUUACAACAAAUAAAUUAUAACAGUAUAAAUAAAUCCCCAUAUUCAAUUAUGUCAACAAGACAAAUAACAAAUCAACAUUGGAAUUCAAUGUCAUUAUCUAAACUAUGGCAAUCUGAUUCAAUUCCACAUGGAAGUUCAAGUACACUGAAAAGUGAUCGUAGAUCAUGGCUACGCUUAGAUUAUGGUUUAAAAUAUGUACAUGAAACAGCUGUUUAAAGAAGAAACAAAGAAAGAAAAAAACCAAGUCACACUAUCAUUUUAUGUAUUGUAUACACGUUCUCAAUGCAUAUUGAACAUAUUGAAUAAAGGAGGAAAAUUUGAAUUAUACUAUUGCCUGUACAGAUAGAUGCACGUAAGAGUUGACAAAUAUUUUUUUUAGAAAUGUGAUUCAAAUAGAAUACCUUGAUACCAGAUAAGAAAGUCAAUAUUCUUUUAUUUAUUUCACCUUCUGUAGAUUUUUUUUAUUUGUUAUAUUUUAUUGAUUUUCACAUGUUUAUCCGCUUCUCUCUAUGUAUCAUCAUCAUUAAGGUUACUCUGGACAAUAUCUGGUUACCUUAUAUAUGUAUUUUCAAUUUCAGCUGGACUGAUAGAAAAGUUUAAAGAAUCAUGUACAAUAGCUGUUUUAUUAUACUUAUUUAGGACAUAACACGACAAAUCCCAGAGCAUCAUUUUGACUAUCUGAGAUAUCCAUGGUUUGGCAGACUAGUAUUUAUACUGGGU